AUGAGUAAGGUAAAUGAGAGUAUCCCUCUGGAGUUCAUCCUGUUAGGGUUCUCAGAUCGACCAUGGCUGGAGCUUCCACUCUUUGUGGUGUUCCUGGUUUCCUAUAUCUUGACUAUCUUUGGCAAUCUGGGAAUAAUUCUUGUGUCACGUCUGGACUCCAAACUGCAUACUCCCAUGUACUUCUUUCUUACCAAUCUGUCUCUCCUGGAUCUUUGCUACACCACGAGUACAGUUCCACAAAUGCUGGUGAACAUAUGCAGCACCAGGAAAGUCAUUAGUUAUGGUGGCUGUGUAGCCCAACUUUUCAUUUUCCUGGCUUUGGGUUCCACUGAAUGUCUUCUCCUGGCCGUCAUGUCCCUUGACAGGUUUGUAGCUAUUUGUCGGCCUCUCCAUUACUCAGUUAUCAUGCACCAAAAACUCUGCCUUCAGUUGGCAGCUGCAUCCUGGAUCAGCGGCUUUAGCAACUCAGUGUUGCAGUCCACCUGGACCCUUCAGAUGCCAUUGUGUGGCCACAAAGAAGUGGAUCAUUUCUUCUGCGAAGUCCCUGCUCUGCUCAAGUUGUCAUGUGCUGACACAACAGCAAAUGAAGCUGAACUCUUCUUCAUCAGUGUGCUAUUCCUUCUAAUACCUGUGAUACUCAUCCUUAUAUCAUAUGCUUUCAUUGCCCAAGCAGUGUUGAGAAUACAGUCAGCUGAAGGUCGACGAAAGGCCUUUGGGACAUGUGGCUCCCACCUGCUUGUGGUGUCACUUUUUUAUGGCACUGCUAUCUAUAUGUAUCUGCAACCACCAUCUCCUGCUUCCAAGGACCGGGGAAAGAUGGUGUCCCUUUUCUAUGGAAUCAUCACACCCAUGCUGAACCCACUUAUCUACACACUUAGAAACAAAGAUGUAAAGGGAGCUUUUAAGAGGUUGGUUGCAAGGGUAUGUUUGAUCAAGAAAUAA